UCAGGGUUGGGGCAUGGGAUGAGGUCAGGUGCAGGCUCUGGGCAGUGCUUACCUCAAGCAGCUUCCAGAAGCAGUGGCAUGUCUCCCCUCCAGUUCCUACGCAGAGGCACAGCCAGGCAACUUUGUAAAAAUACACCACCAUCCCUUGGGCAGCUUUGGGCUGCAAGAGUAUUAUCAGUCAGAAAAGAAGGAACCGGCUCCCGGUGUCUUUGCCUUUCGGUGACCUGGCUCCAGAAUGGAGGGAAAGAGAAAAAUAAGGGAGACUUGAUGCCAUGACCUCAAAAACCCUCAUAACAGCCAUGCUGAAAGUUUGGAUGCCAAAUCUACCAGCAUCCAGGUGAUUGUUAAGGAGGGAGGUCUGAAACUCAUUCAGAUCCAAGAUAAUGGGUGUGGAAUCAGGAAAGAAGAUUUGGAUAUUGUGUGUGAGAGAUUCACUACAAGCAAAUUGCAAAAAUUUGAAGAUCUGGCUAGUAUUUCUACAUAUGGGUUUAGGGGAGAGAGCAAGCUAUUGUGAUGGAAAACUGAAAGCGCCUCCCAAACCUUGUGCUGGAAACCAGGGGACUCAGAUCACGGUUGAGGAUCUUUUCUACAAUGUAACUACAAGGAGGAAAGCCUUAAAAAAUCCAAGUGAAGAGUAUGCAAAAAUAUUAGAAGUCGUUGGCAGGUAUGCCAUCCACAACUCAGGCAUCAGUUUUUCAGUUAAAAAGCAAGGUGAUACGGUGGCAGAUGUUAGAACCCUAUCAAAUGCCACAACAGUGGACAAUAUCAGGUCCAUUUUUGGAAAUGCUGUUAGCAGAGAACUGAUAGAAGUGGGCUGUGAAGAUGGAAAGCUGGCCUUUAAAAUGAAAGGCUACAUAACAAAUGCAAACUACUCAGUGAAGAAAUGCAUGUUUUUACUCUUCAUAAAUCAUCGACUGGUGGAGUCAACUGCUUUGCGGAAAGCUAUAGAAACUGUAUAUGCUGCUUAUUUGCCGAAAAGUACACAUCCAUUCCUGUAUUUAAGCCUGGAAAUAGCCCCUCAGAACGUAGAUGUGAAUGUGCAUCCUACAAAGCAUGAAGUCCAUUUUCUUCAUGAAGACAGUAUCUUAGAGAGUGUGCAGCAACAUAUAGAGAGCAAAUUACUGGGCUCUAACUCUUCAAGGAUGUACUUCACCCAGACUUUGAUCCCAGGAGUUGAAUGCUCUUCCACUGAGGUUGUUAAAUCAGCAGCAAGCUCCUCUUUCACAGCUAAAGGAACAGGUGAUAAAGUCUAUGCCCACCAGAUGGUCCGCACCGAUUCCCGAGACCAGAAGCUGGAUGCUUUCCUUCAGCCUGUAAACAAACCCUUGAGUACAGUGCAUACAGCGCUGACCCUAGACGGUGGUACAGGACUUUCUGAUGGCAGAUCCAGACAGCAGGAUACUGAAAUGGAAGAUCUCAAUGACUUUGAUACAAUGGUUGCUGCACAGAGGGAUUCAGUGAUGACACCAGAGGGGCAGAAGGAAAGUGGAAGGCAGACUCCUGAAACAGUCCCUACUAGAAAGAGACAGUGGACAGGCUCUGAUGUGGAAAUGGAGGAAGAUGAUACUAGAAAGGGAAUGACCGCUGCCUGUACCCCUAAGAGAAGGAUUAUUAACCUAACCAGUGUGUUGACUCUGCAAGAGGAAAUUAGUAGCCAAGCACAUGCAAGUCUUCAGGAGAUGCUACGUGAUCACUCGUUUGUUGGUUGUGUUAGUCCACAGUGGGCCCUGGCACAAUACCAGACAAAGCUGUAUCUUCUCAAUACCACACAACUCAGCCAAGAACUCUUCUACCAGAUUCUUCUUUAUGACUUCGCAAACUUUGGAGUUCUGAGGUUGUCAGAGCCAGCUCCACUGUAUGAUCUAGCUAUGCUAGCCUUGGAGAACACUGAAAGUGGUUGGACAGAAGAAGAUGGCCCAAAGGAAGGACUUGCUGAAUACAUUGUUGAGUUUCUAAAAAAGAAGACUGAAAUGCUGAAAGACUAUUUCUCUCUUGAAAUUGAUGAGGAUGGAAACCUUACUGGAUUACCACUCCUGAUAGACAACUAUGUUCCACCAUUGGAGGGACUACCUAUGUUUAUCCUUCGCUUAGCCACAGAGGUAAACUGGGAUGAAGAAAAAGAAUGUUUUGAAAGCCUCAGUAAAGAAUGUGCCCUGUUUUACUCCAUUAGAAAGCAGUAUAUCGUGGAGGAAUCUGACUUGACUAGCCAGCAGACUGAAGAGCUUGGAUCUGGUUCAUCAUCAUGGAAAUGGACUGUGGAACAUGUUAUUUACAAAGCUUUUAGGACCCACCUUUUGCCUCCUAAACACUUCACAGAAGAUGGCAACAUUUUGCAGCUUGCUAAUCUGCCAGACCUGUAUAAAGUUUUUGAGAGGUGUUGAAUAUUUCAGUUGGAUGGACUCACUGGUAUAUCCCAUUGUUACAUACCAGGGGGAUAAAGCUGGAUGACUGUAAUGGAAGAAAGGAGUUUGUCAGACUGCCUUUCAGCAAAGAGUAUUUCAGAAAUAAAACUGUCUAUAUUCAACUA